UCAAAUCGAUCUGGAUAUGGUGCAUGUUUCUUUCAUUACCACAGUACUAAAAAAGACCCCUAACCUCACGGAUUGAUUGAGCUGCUUUGCGAUAGAGCAAACUCCUCGUCCUCUUCGUCAGCUCAGCUGGAGGGGUCGCAGCAGCCGGCGACGAUGUCGGCCGACGAGAGGAAGACGGCGUGCGUGACCGGCGGCAACGGGUAUAUCGCCUCGGCGCUCAUCAAGAUGCUCCUGGAGAAGAAGGGGUACGCUGUGAACACCACAGUCAGAGACCCCGAUGACAUGUCUAAGAACUCCCACUUGAAGGAAUUGCAAGCGCUUGGUCCCUUGAAGGUCUUCCGCGCCGACUUGGAUAAGGAAGGUAGCUUUGACGAAGCCGUUUCCGGCUGUGAUUAUGUCUUCCUCGUCGCCGCACCGAUGAACUUCGAUUCAGAGAAUCCUGAGAAAGACCUGGUUGAAGCUGCCGUUGAAGGAACCCUCAACGCGAUGAGGUCGUGCGCGAAAGCAGGGACGGUGAAGCGAGUGAUCAUAACAUCGUCGGACGCCGCGAUCUCCCGGAGGCCACUGCAAGGAGACGGUCAUGUGCUCGACGAGGAUUCUUGGUCUGACAUCGAAUACCUGAGAACAGAGAAGCCGCCAUCUUGGGCGUACAGUGUCUCGAAGGUGCUCUUGGAGAAGGCAGCAAGCAAGUUCGCCGAGGAGAACAACAUCAGCCUGGUCACCGUGUUCCCGGUGUUCACCCUGGGCGCAGCGCCGGCGCCGGUGGCCAGAACAAGCGUCCCGGUCAUCCUCUCCUUGCUAUCCGGUGAUGAGCCGCACCUCGAAGUCCUGAAAGCCCUGCAGUCGGUCACCGGCUCCGUGUCGAUCGUUCACGUCGACGACCUCUGCCGCGCCGAGAUAUUCGUCGCCGAGGAGGAGUCGGCGUCGGGGAGGUACAUCUGCUCCAGCUUCGACACCACCAUCCUGGCCCUCGCCCGUUUCAUGGCGAGAAGGUACCCGCAGUACAACGUCGAGACCGAUCGCUUCGACGGGAUCGCAGAGAAACCGAGAGUAUGCUGUUCGUCAGAGAAGUUGGUCAAGGAAGGGUUCGAGUUCAAGCACGUGAAUUUGGAAGAGAUAUUCGACGACCUCGUCGAGUACGGCAAGGCCGUGGGAAUUCUACCACAGCCCCUUGCCGUCCAUCUACUGGACGAUUCAACCAGAGAAGGGGCUGUUUUCAAAAUGUCCCCUCACGAGAAUCUGGAGGGGCUGCAGCUUGGCGAUAGAGCAAACUCCUCGUCCUCCUCGUCAGCUCAGCUGGAGGGGUUGCAGCUGCCGGCGACGAUGUCGGCCGACGAGAGGAAGACGGCGUGCGUGACCGGCGGCAACGGGUAUAUCGCCUCGGCGCUCAUCAAGAUGCUCCUGGAGAAGGGAUACGCUGUCAACACCACGGUCAGAAACCCCGAUGACAUGUCUAAGAACUCCCACUUGAAGGAAUUGCAAGCGCUUGGUCCCUUGAAGGUCUUCCGCGCCGACUUGGAUAAGGAAGGUAGCUUUGACGAAGCCGUUUCCGGCUGUUAUUAUGCCUUCCUCGUCGCCGCACCGAUGAACUUCGAUUCAGAGAAUCCUGAGAAAGACCUGGUUGAAGCUGCCGUUCAAGGAACCCUCAACGCGAUGAGGUCGUGUGCGAAAGCAGGGACGGUGAAGCGAUUGAUCAUAACAUCGUCGGACGCCGCGAUAUCCAUAAGGCCACUGCAAGGAGACGGUCAUGUGCUUGACGAGGAUUCUUGGUCUGACAUCGAGUACCUGAGAACAGAGAAGCCGCCAUCUUGGGUAUCUCAUUUGCGUUUUCAGGCGUAUGGAGUCUCCAAGGUGCUUUUAGAGAAGGCAGCAUGCAAAUUCGCGGAGGAGAACGGCAUCAGCCUGAUCACCGUGAUCCCGGUGAUCACCUUGGUUGCGGCACCGACGCCGAUGACCAGCACAAGCGUCCCAACUACGCUGUCCUUGAUAUCCGGUGAGAGAGAGGGAUGCAUCAAAUUAAUUAAGAAGGCCACCGGUUCAUGGUCGAUAGUUCACGUCGACGACCUCUGCCGCGCCGAGAUAUUCCUCGCCGAGAAGGAGUCGGCGUCGGGGAGGUACGUCUGCAGCAGCCUCAGGACCAUCGCCCUAGAGCUCGUGCGUUUUGUGGCAGGAAAUUACCCUCAGUACAACGUCCGAACCGACUGCUUGGAAGAGUUCCCUGGGAAGGCAAAAGUAUGCUAUUCGUCCGAGAAGCUGAUGAGGGAAGGGUUCGAGUUCAAGUUCACGAAUGUCGAAGAGAUAUUUGACGAACUCAUCGAGUACGGCAAGGCCAUAGGAAUUCUGCCGCACUGAACUUCUGGGCGUUCGACCGAUUACGAGAGCCAAACUCCCUUGUGACUUGUGAGCCGUGAAAUAAGUCAGUGCCAGUGGUGUUAUGUGUAAAUCUCUUCAUCGCAAAUAAAUAAAUACGGAGUAUGCGAGCGCGCGAUGAACC